CAGACAGACGAGACGGUGCUCGUGCGUGGUUCUUCUGCAGAACUCGAACAGCUUCCUGAUUGAAACAGAAACGCUGAUCAACUGAUGACGACUGAGCGCUUCGUAAACAGCUGAAAAUCCAACGAGAAGGUGAUCAGCCCAGCAUGAUGAGACCAAACUUGUUUAUGCCGAUGCCUUGAGACAUCUAUGUUUGCAGGAAUGAGUUCAUCAGAUAACUUCUCUUCUCAUCGUCGAAGGAAUCCUCACAGGACCUGUCGCCCCAUUUCGCAAGUUCUUCUAGAACUUCACAAACCUGUUUCAGGUGACAAAGCUUCCAUCUUGCAUAGUAAAGAAACCACAGUGUCUCAAGAUCUGAAUCCUGCAGAAUCACGUGUACGGAGAACAACCAAGAAGGAGAAACCUCGAGCAGCAAACCAAAAUGCUCUUCCUGACUUAUCAGCUUGUUUACAGAAGUCAACACAUCAACUAACGGGUACAAAUGGACUGGUGUCUUCAAAGUCACAUGAACUUGAGCCGAUGGUGCCUGAAAAAAUGACCGCCCCCAAAUGUCCAUCAGAAACAUCAAAAAGAUCUCAGAAGGGAAGGAAAAAAAACCCAAUUCAACCCAAUGAGAAAGAAGUAGCUGCUAAAAACGUUUGUUCAGAUGGACUGGACAAUUCUGAACACAAUUCUUGCCCAGAACAACACUUAAGCUCUCAAAAAACAAAAGGGACAUGUUAUCGGCACUCUAAAAAAACUCCAAACAAUCAGACCCCUUCUGAUGUUUCUACAGCGCUUCACACAUGUACUACAUUAUCUCCUCUUCAUCACAAGAAGAGCUCCACCUGCCACACUAACAGUGAUUGUAGUUCCAUACCACACACCCCGAAACGGGGCAGACCCCGGUCCAGGCCUCUCUUCAGCUCCACACCGACCUCAGACCUCCAACCAUUCUCUCCAAAAAGAGCUAAGAAUAGUUGUACACCACAUCAAAACAUCAAAAAGUCCAGUUUAGUAAAGACGCCUCCUACAGACCGUACACCAUCUAGACGGGUUAGACAUCAGAAGCCCGUGGCAGCAGGGAGGCCAAGAGGUCGCAAGAAAAAGAACGUGGAGGAACAGCCAAUUGCCUCUCCACCAGUGAAACGCGGCAGGAAGAGUGCAGCAUCUCGUCUAGAAUCUCCUCAGGAAGAGCCAUCCAUUGAGAUGCCGCCUCCAAAUAAAGCUGACUUUGAAACCCAGGUGUCAGAGCCACAGGAGUCAGGUUGUCCAGUGCGGAGGAAAUACUCAGAGAGGAAAUCACUGCUGACCUUCCCCAUUCAGGAGAUUCUGGGUAUGGAGUGUGAAAACUCUGAUAAUAACACAGAGGACAUCGUCGUGGAAGAGCAAGAUCAGCUCCUCUCCAAGAAAGUGCUGCCCGACCGGUCCAAGACUGCACGCAACCGCGCCAACAAGCAGUUGGUUGACUUCAUCAUCAGACGAAAAGUUAAAAAAAAACACUUACUGACGCCUCCUACAGACCGUACACCAUCUAGACGGGUUAGACAUCAGAAGCCCGUGGCAGCAGGGAGGCCAAGAGGUCGCAAGAAAAAGAACGUGGAGGAACAGCCAAUUGCCUCUCCACCAGUGAAACGCGGCAGGAAGAGUGCAGCAUCUCGUCUAGAAUCUCCUCAGGAAGAGCCAUCCAUUGAGAUGCCGCCUCCAAAUAAAGCUGACUUUGAAACCCAGGUGUCAGAGCCACAGGAGUCAGGUUGUCCAGUGCGGAGGAAAUACUCAGAGAGAAAAUCACUGCUGACCUUCCCCAUUCAGGAGAUUCUGGGUAUGGAGUGUGACAACUCUGAUAAUAACACAGAGGACAUCGUCGUGGAAGAGCAAGAUCAGCUCCUCUCCAAGAAAGUGCUGCCCGACCGGUCCAAGACUGCACGCAACCGCGCCAACAAGCAGUUGGUUGACUUCAUCAUCAGACGAAAAGUUAAAAAAAAACACUUACUGAAGCCUCCUACAGACCGUACACCAUCUAGACGGGUUAGACAUCAGAAGCCCGGAAUCACGUGUACGGAGAACAACAAGAAGGAGAAACCUCGAGCAGCAAACCAAAAUGCUCUUCCUGACUUAUCAGCUUGUUUACAGAAGUCAACACAUCAACUAACGGGUACAAAUGGACUGGUGUCUUCAAAGUCACAUGAACUUGAGCCGAUGGUGCCUGAAAAAAUGACCGCCCCCAAAUGUCCAUCAGAAACAUCAAAAAGAUCUCAGAAGGGAAGGAAAAAAAAACCAAUUCAACCCAAUGAGAAAGAAGUAGCUGCUAAAAACGUUUGUUCAGAUGGACUGGACAAUUCUGAACACAAUUCUUGCCCAGAACAACACUUAAGCUCUCAAAAAACAAAAGGGACAUGUUAUCGGCACUCUAAAAAAACUCCAAACAAUCAGACCCCUUCUGAUGUUUCUACAGCGCUUCACACAUGUACUACAUUAUCUCCUCUUCAUCACAAGAAGAGCUCCACCUGCCACACUAACAGUGAUUGUAGUUCCAUACCACACACCCCGAAACGGUGCAGACCCCGGUCCAGGCCUCUCUUCAGCUCCACACCGACCUCAGACCUCCAACCAUUCUCUCCAAAAAGAGCUAAGAAUAGUUGUACACCACAUCAAAACAUCAAAAAGUCCAGUUUAGUAAAGACGCCUCCUACAGACCGUACACCAUCUAGACGGGUUAGACAUCAGAAGCCCGUGGCAGCAGGGAGGCCAAGAGGUCGCAAGAAAAAGAACGUGGAGGAACAGCCAAUUGCCUCUCCACCAGUGAAACGCGGCAGGAAGAGUGCAGCAUCUCGUCUAGAAUCUCCUCAGGAAGAGCCAUCCAUUGAGAUGCCGCCUCCAAAUAAGCUGACUUAGGUGUCAGAGCCACAGGAGUCAGGUUGUCCAGUGCGGAGGAAAUACUCAGAGAGGAAAUCACUGCUGACCUUCCCCAUUCAGGAGAUUCUGGGUAUGGAGUGUGAAAACUCUGAUAAUAACACAGAGGACAUCGUCGUGGAAGAGCAAGAUCAGCUCCUCUCCAAGAAAGUGCUGCCCGACCGGUCCAAGACUGCACGCAACCGCGCCAACAAGCAGUUGGUUGACUUCAUCAUCAGACGAAAAGUUAAAAAAAAACACUUACUGACGCCUCCUACAGACCGUACACCAUCUAGACGGGUUAGACAUCAGAAGCCCGUGGCAGCAGGGAGGCCAAGAGGUCGCAAGAAAAAGAACGUGGAGGAACAGCCAAUUGCCUCUCCACCAGUGAAACGCGGCAGGAAGAGUGCAGCAUCUCGUCUAGAAUCUCCUCAGGAAGAGCCAUCCAUUGAGAUGCCGCCUCCAAAUAAAGCUGACUUUGAAACCCAGGUGUCAGAGCCACAGGAGUCAGGUUGUCCAGUGCGGAGGAAAUACUCAGAGAGGAAAUCACUGCUGACCUUCCCCAUUCAGGAGAUUCUGGGUAUGGAGUGUGACAACUCUGAUAAUAACACAGAGGACAUCGUCGUGGAAGAGCAAGAUCAGCUCCUCUCCAAGAAAGUGCUGCCCGACCGGUCCAAGACUGCACGCAACCGCGCCAACAAGCAGUUGGUUGACUUCAUCAUCAGACGAAAAGUAAAAAAAAAACACUUACUGACGCCUCCUACAGACCGUACACCAUCUAGACGGGUUAGACAUCAGAAGCCCGCGGCAGCAGGGAGGCCAAGAGGUCGCAAGAAAAAGAACGUGGAGGAACAGCCAAUUGCCUCUCCACCAGUGAAACGUGGCAGGAAGAGUGCAGCAUCUCGUCUAGAAUCUCCUCAGGAAGAGCCAUCCAUUGAGAUGCCGCCUCCAAAUAAAGCUGACUUUGAAACCCAGGUGUCAGAGCCACAGGAGUCAGGUUGUCCAGUGCGGAGGAAAUACUCAGAGAGGAAAUCACUGCUGACCUUCCCCAUUCAGGAGAUUCUGGGUAUGGAGUGUGAAAACUCUGAUAAUAACACAGAGGACAUCGUCGUGGAAGAGCAAGAUCAGCUCCUCUCCAAGAAAGUGCUGCCCGACCGGUCCAAGGCUGCACGCAACCGCGCCAACAAGCAGUUGGUUGACUUCAUCAUCAGACGAAAAGUAAAAAAAAAACACUUACUGACGCCUCCUACAGACCGUACACCAUCUAGACGGGUUAGACAUCAGAAGCCCGUGGCAGCAGGGAGGCCAAGAGGUCGCAAGAAAAAGAACGUGGAGGAACAGCCAAUUGCCUCUCCACCAGUGAAACGCGGCAGGAAGAGUGUAGCAUCUCGUCUAGAAUCUCCUCAGGAAGAACCAUCCAUUGAGAUGCCGCCUCCAAAUAAAGCUGACUUUGAAACCCAGGUGUCAGAGCCACAGGAGUCAGAUCAAAACAUGUCCUCUGACCUCUCCAUCGAGCUGAGCCUGCAGGAGGAACCUCAUCCUCUUAACAACUCCCUCUUCAUGGAGGAGGAAGAGGAGGAAGAGGACCUAGACGAGGAGGAGGAGGAGCUGCCCAGCUUUUUGCAACAGGACAAUAAAAGGCCUUUGUCAAUCUCAGAGGGAUUUAUCGUGUGGUGCAAACUGAGGAAGUAUCCCUACUGGCCUGCAGUGGUUAAAAGUGUGAAUCGCAAGAACAAAAAAGCCAGCAUUGUAUUUAUUGAUUGUUACCUAAUUGACCAAAAGAGAAUUAGAAAAGGGUUUUCUGUGUCUCUGCGAACCCUAAAACCUUUUGAUUGUGAAGAAUAUGAAAAAUUGGUGGACAUUGCAGAAGAGAAGUAUGGCAAUGCUAUUACCUGGUCUCUGGAACUGAUAUCGGACUAUAGGAUCCGCAUUGGAUGUGGAUCCUUCUCUGGCUCCUUCAUCGAAUACUGUGCUGCUGACAUCAGUUGUCCAGUGCGGAGGAAAUACUCAGAGAGGAAAUCACUGCUGACCUUCCCCAUUCAGGAGAUUCUGGGUAUGGAGUGUGAAAACUCUGAUAAUAACACAGAGGACAUCGUCGUGGAAGAGCAAGAUCAGCUCCUCUCCAAGAAAGUGCUGCCCGACCGGUCCAAGACUGCACGCAACCGUGCCAACAAGCAGUUGGUUGACUUCAUCAUCAGACGAAAAGUCGAAAGCCGCUUAUUGGCAGUCAUCAGCGGCCGUGAGUCCUCUAAAUGGAUGCAAGCCCUCCAGAAGCCUUCUCGCCCAGUGGUUGAUGUCUACCUGGAAGAUGAGGAGCAGGUUGAUAAGGUGUACCGCUACCUGAACAAAGUCUGUGAUAGCGCCCCUCAAAUAAACACCUGCCUAGAAAACAUCCAAGCUGACCGGAUCCGCCUUAUUCUUGAUGUGCUUCUGCCUGAGGCCAUUAUCUAUGCAAUUGCUGGAGUCCACAAGCUUUCCCUGGAGAAUGCAGAGGAGAAGUAUCGCAGAGGGCCGUGCUUUAGUAACAGAGAAAGACAGGAAUUUGACAUGAUGAUUGAACAGCAGAUGAAGCUCAAGGAAAUCACCUGGCAUCAUAGGCAGUGACGGCCCCUCUAUU